AUGACACUCGCGAUCGAAAUUCCAAGGCUUUAUGGGCUCAUCAUCCUGGUCGCCGUGCAAAACUGGUUCAUCUUAAUGUGGCAAGCGCUUCGUCUUGCAAAAGCUCGUAAGGAGCACGAUGUCAAGUAUCCGACUAUGUACGAGAACAAGGAGCCGUCCCCAUUUAAUUGCGUGCAACGCGCACAUCAAAAUUCCCUCGAAUGGAAUCCGGGCUUCCUCUCCUUUCUUUUCAUCUCCGGAAUCACUACACCAAUAUUCUCAACUGCAGCCGGUGUUGUUUACAAUGUUGGCAGAGUAUACUACGCCAAGGGAUACUACCGGGGAAACCCGCAUGAAGGAUUGUGGGGUCUCUACGGCCUUUUUUAUCUCGUAGGUGGUGCCUGUUAUACCGCUUUUACAAUCCUUCGCUCCUAA